CAUACAGGGCCAUGUGGGCGAACGAUUGGGGAUUUUGGUCUUGAUCAUCUCUAAGAAGAACCGCCAGAGAUAUGCAAGUACCUCUUCGAGGGUGCAAGGAGAUGAUUGCAUGGAGCAUCUCAUGGGAUAAUAUAAGAGGCAACAGUGGAGAAGAAGAUGUGAAACUAAAGGCGGCGAUGGCGGGAGUUCCAUAUUGGGCAGAGGAAGAGGACGAGAAGAAAGAAGGCUUGGGCAUGAGUCGGUAUUGGGUGGCGGCGGCCUUCAAGUACCUGCCCUAUGGCACCUCACUCUAUAGUAGUGGCAAGUAUGUUUGACUUCCACAACUCCAGCCUCCUCUAUGUUCAUGUAUAUACGCCACCGACCACAAACCCUAUAUUUAUCUGAUAAAUAAUGCUACCAUAUUUGAGAAUAAUAA